AUGCAAUCUUCUCAAAUAUAAAGUGGAAUGAUAUUUUAAAAUGCUUGGGAGAAAAUAAAGCCCUUCUUUAUUGGUGGGUUUGCUGGAUGUCCUGCAACUAUAAUUGUUCAGCCUAUUGAUACCAUAAAAGUAAGAAUUUAGAUUAUAAACGAGCAAAUUGCAUUGGGAAAAGCAAAUGGAUUGACAACAAAUCCAAUAACUAUCUCAAAACAUGUAAUUGUUAAUGAUGGAUUCAGAGGAUUGUUCAAAGGCAUGGAUGCUGCAUUACUCCGUUAAUUAACUUAUGGCUCAACUCGUCUUGGAUUGUUCCGCUUGUUGUCUGAUACACAUACUGAAAGAAAUAAUAGAUAUCCUACAAUGUUUGAAAAAAUAAUGUAUUCUUCGUUUGCAGGAUAUGUAGCAUGUAUAGUUGGAAAUCCAGCUGAUAUUUCUGUAGUAAGAUUUUAGUAGGAUUCCUUGCUGCCUGCUCACAAAAGAAGAAAUUACAAAAAUGUUAUGGAUGCUAUGGUUAGAAUGGUUAAGGAAGAAGGCUUUUUCACAUUGUGGAGAGGUUCAAUCCCAACUAUUGUUAGAGCAGUCUUUAUAAAUGUUAGCAUGCUUACUACAUAUGAUGAAGUCAAAGAGAGAAUAAAUGCUUAUACAGGAACAAAAGAUCUCUUUACUACAUCUUGCAUAGCCUCUUUCAGUGCCUGCUUAGUUUCUUCAGUUGUUUCUCUACCCUUUGAUAACAUUAAAACUAAGCUCUAAGGAAUGAAGGCAAAUCGCCAUGGAGUGUUUCCAUACAAUAAUAUAGGUGACUGUAUGGUGAAAUCAAUUAAAUCAGAAGGAUUUUUCGGAUUAUGGGUUGGUAUGCCAACUUUUCUGUGCAGGAUGUUUCCACACUCAAUAGUAACGUUGCUCUUUUAAGAUUAUUUAUAUAAGUGCUUUUCAAAAAACACAAUGAAAAACUGA